AUGGAGCACAUCGCGGUGGAUCCGGACUUUUACUCUAAUGACCGUGGAUACGGCACGGAGCCGCAGGACUUUCAUUCAGAGACGACUUCUAUCACAUCCGCAAUCGCGAAAGGACGAUAUGAAAAUGGCCGAAGAUAUCAAUCUUUUAAAGAAGAUGACUACUGGGGCCCUUCCGAUGAACAACAAUUCGAGGCGUUUGAGAUUGGUCAUAUGAUGUUUCUUGUGCUUGAUCACAACCAGAAUAACCCUCUCUUCCGCGCCCCUAUCGGCAACUCGCCUAAGAACAUCCUUGAUAUAGGAACCGGUCAAGGCAGCUGGGCAAUUGAUGUUGCCGACCUUUAUCCGUCCGCUGUCGUCCGAGGAGUUGAUAUGUUUCCACCGCCAGUAACCUGGAUGCCACCAAAUUGUUUGUUUGAAGUGGAUGAUGUGCUUCGAGAUUGGACAUGGAGAGAGCCAUUCGAUUUGAUACACCUGCGUUUGAUGUACGGGGCGCUCCCUCCAGAAGGUGCGCUUGAGCCUGGUGGCUGGAUCGAGCAAAUGGAACUAGACGUACGCGUCUACAGCGAUGACGGUUCUUUGAAAAGAGAACAUAAGCUAUGGGGCUGGGGCGACAUGUUCAUUCGAUGCUCCGAAAAAGCCGGACGGUCUCUCAGAACCCAUGAAACAAUGCGCUCUGCGAUGGAGAGCGCAGGGUUCGUCGACAUACAUGAAGUAAAAUACAAAAUUCCCAUCGGACCUUGGCCCAGAGACCCAUUAUUGAAGGAGGCUGGUUACCUUCAGUAUGCUCAUUGGAAUGCUGCCUUGGAGGGCUGGGCAAUGUGGCUUCUCACCCACUUUGGCGAGCCGGAGCCGUGGACUAGCGAGGAGGUACAUGUCUUCUUGGCCCAAGUGCGUGCAGAACUCAAGAAUCCCAGGAUUCACGCCUAUGAACCUGCGAAUCGUGUAUGGGCAAGAAAGCCUACCGAGGAAGAAUUGCGAGGGGGAGCAAAGAUCAAGCUCGAAAAUCUAUACUAA